AUGACUUCUUCUGUUGGCAAACCGUCUGCCAUUGCGGUCGCCGGAUCAGGUGAUAUCGCUCGAUACCUUGCCGAGGAAUUUGUUCGGCACGGCCAGUAUGAAUUUCACCUCAUCUCGCGCAAGGAGCCGUCAUGGGCAUCUCAGCCCAAAAUCCAGCACCACGCCGUCCGAGACUUCAACAAGGACAAACUUGCCGAAAUCUUCAACGAGCACGGCAUAAAGGCCAUCAUAUCGACCCUCUCAACCGAUGACGCCUCCGUCUUUAUCCCCCUCCACGAGGCAAUCCUGGAUGCAUGCCGAAUCUCGGCCACCUGCAAGCGCCUUAUCCCUAGUGACUUUGUCGGCGAUGUUGAGAAGUGGCCUCACCUCCCACGAAGCUACAGAAACACCCGCUUCACGUUCCGAAAGAUUCUCGAGGACCAGACCGAGGUUGAGUGGACAUCUGUCAAUCAGGGGUGGUUGAUGGACUACUUUGUCCACUUCCCCCAGGGCGCAAAAACCUACAUCAAGCCAUUUGCAUCCUGGCCGUUGAGUCUUAAAGACGCCACAUGCAGACUCCCUGGGAAUGGUGAUGACAAACUCACUUGGACAGCCGCGCGCGAUAUCGCAAAAGCUGUUGUGGCACUCAUGGCGCAACCCAAGUGGGAUAGGUACACUUAUGUCUACGGCGAAGUUGGGACAUGGCGUGAAGUGUUGCCUAAGGUUGAAAAGGCGCUCGGCAUCAAAAUUGAGCGGCUCCCCUUUCCGGUUGAGAAGAUUGUGAAGGCAGUGGAGGAUUUCAGUGACCCCGAGAAACAGUAUAUGGCAAGCAUUGAUGAGUGGACUGUCCGCGGUGCCGUCUUGGUUCCUCUGGACGUCGCGAGAAAGCAGCGCGAGAACCUUUUCAGCAGUAUCAAGUUCCGAACCAUCGAGGAGUUGCUGCAUGAGGCGCAGACCGUGGACAUUGUCUAA